UAGGCAUGCACAGAAUCCGAACGGUUCGAGCUUUUUCCAUGACUACGUAGUCAUGGAAAAAGCUCGAACCGUUCGGAUUCUGUGCAUGCCUACUCUCUAUACAUUUUGAUUUUAUAAUGUUUUCAUUCUGGUAUUGACUUUCAUUCUUCAGAAGUUUUAUACAAAAAAAAAAAGAAAUAUACAAGAUACUAUAUACGCAUAUAUUUUAGGGGAUCAAGCACGAGUCCAUUACUAACAUAUAACUUUGGACUAUGGAGAGGAUGUGUAUCACUCGAUGGAAGAAUGAAUUGCGCUGAUCUGCCAUCAGACUGUCAAGAAGCGACAGGUAACGGUUUUCAAACGUGCAACAAAAUGAUGGCAGCUCGAGCAUUUAUAACAAUUGCUUGUAUUCUAUCAGGAUUGUCUGUUGUAUGUCUUGUUAUGUGUGCUGUGAUAAAAACAGAUUCAAAUCAUAUUGUCUUUAUGAUCAGCAAAGCUCUUCCAUUUGUAUCUUUUGUCGCUGGCAUUAUUGGAUUAGCUGUGGGUAUUGCUUUUGUCACUGCACCGGGUGGUAGGAAAAUAAGUAGUGCGGCAUUCGUGGGAAUUGCUGCAGUUGUUAUCAAUAUGAUUGGUGCUGCUUUAGCCUUACUGAUUCGAUGA